CUGUCCCUACCUAGCCAACAAGCUGACCCUCGCCAUCCCCAUCAUUGCUGCCAUCCUCUUCUUCUUUGUCAUGAGCUGCCUGCUGCAGACGAGUUUCACGGACCCUGGGAUCCUGCCCCGGGCCACAGUCUGUGAAGCAGCUGCCCUGGAGAAACAGAUCGACAACACUGGCAGUUCCACAUACCGGCCACCCCCGAGGACGAGGGAGGUGAUGAUCAACGGGCAGAUGGUGAAGUUAAAGUACUGCUUCACCUGCAAGAUGUUUCGGCCGCCCCGGACCUCACACUGCAGCGUCUGUGACAACUGUGUGGAACGCUUCGACCAUCACUGCCCCUGGGUGGGCAACUGCGUGGGGAGACGGAACUACCGCUUCUUCUAUGCGUUCAUUCUCUCCCUGUCCUUCCUCACGGCCUUCAUCUUCGCCUGCGUGGUCACCCACCUGACGCUGCGCUCUCAGGGAAGCACCUUCCUGUCUACUCUAAAGGAGACACCAGCGAGUGUGCUGGAGUUGGUGAUAUGCUUCUUCUCCAUCUGGUCCAUCCUGGGCCUCUCAGGGUUUCACACUUACCUCGUCGCCUCCAACCUGACAACUAAUGAAGACAUCAAAGGCUCAUGGUCCAGCAAGAGGGGCGGUGAGGCCUCUAUCAAUCCCUACAGCCAUAAAAGUAUCAUCACCAACUGCUGCGCUGUGCUGUGUGGCCCCUUACCUCCCAGUCUCAUUGACCGGAGGGGAUUUGUGCAGUCCGACGCCGUGUUGCCCUCGCCCAUCAGAAGUGAGGAGCCGGCCUGUGGAGCGAAGCCAGACGCCAGCCUGGUAGGAGGCCACCCCUGAAUGCGGCUCAGCACGUACCGCCCACUGGCCUGUCUGCCCCUCUGAACUCACCUGCCAUCCUCCACUCCUGCUGGGACCCUCCCCGUUCCACCCGAGGGAGGCAAGGCUGCCAGAGACUCGAGUCUUUUCAUAUUUAUUUCCCACGCUGCGUGGCUUUCCCUGAAUGGUUCCAUGGCUGUACCCUCUGCUCCCCACACCCAGGUUCCCACAGCCUUGGGUCCUAGGUCCCUCUGGGCCCUAGUCAGUGGCAGAAGGGACAGCCAGAGCCUCUGGAGGCCACCAAGGGGACCAUGCCAAGUGUCUGCCUGUGCCAGGGUGAGCCCUGUGUGAGUGAGGGUGUGACCUGCAUGCCCGGCCUCCAGCUGGGGCACUGUCUGGGCCUUGCUGACCCAGGGGCGUCGGUGACACGGGACUGCUCGACCGGCUCUGAACCACGGGCCUGGGAGAGAAGCCUCGGGGCUGCUUUGACUUGAGGGAUUCUGCUUUCUCUUCAUAGUGAUCGUUCUUUCUUCUGUUGGGUUGCCGGUGGGUUUGAGGACUUCGUAUGGAGCUGGCCAGUAGGACAGAGCGGGGUCGGGGCACAGUCCGUGUCCGAGGAAGGCAGACCAGCCAGGCACCCAGAACCUCUGCUCCCGGAGUCCUGGGCAGCACAGUGGGCAGGGGGCCGCGCCCACUGCUGCCCGUGGGGGCUCCAUCGUGGAUCCCGGCCUGUCCCACCUCUCUCCCAAGUCAGAGCUGAGGGCAGGCAGGUUAUGCUCAUGCUGGCAAUACUUGAAACGGGUUUAUUAAGCUGGGUAUUUUGCACAAUUUUCUAGACCUCUUUUUUACAUAGCCUUUUUUAAAAGGAACAAGUCAGCCAUGUUGCUGUAUGUGUAGUGCCAGGUGAUGGGUUAUCAGGAGGCUAGUUGGAUUUAAUCAGUUUAUCACAAGAGACCUUCUGGCUGUGUGUGUGUGUGUGUGUGUGUGUGCGCGCGCGCGCGUGCUCACAUGUCCCUGUGUGAAUGUGGCUGGCUCCCCCAUCCCCUGGGCUGCCCCCUUCCGCCAUCCCUGCUGAGGUUCAGGAGCAGCCUGAGCCAAGGGGACGGGGGAUACGUGCAUUAGCACGGGACCCUUGGGCUCCCGCUGGGGCCCACCACCCCCAUCCUCUUAUCUUUCCUUCCUCCAUGGACUUCAGACAACCGGUAUCGGGGACUCUGCCACCCCACCCCCGGCCGGCCAGUCCCCAGGUUAGGCUCCCAGCCGGGACCUGCCCAGACAGGCUGAGGCCGGGAGUGCUGGGUGGGGUGAUGGCACUGGGGAGCGGCUGCCACCCUACAAGCCACGCUUGCCCCCUCCUCUGAGCUCUGAUGGGACCCAUUGCCAGGGUCUAAAGGACAGUGUUUCUGCCAACUGAGGGGCUUCACCGAAAGCAAAGGAAGCAGCGGGGCAGGCCAAGAGGCAGGUGAAGUCGGCCGCGUCUGGCAAGGAGCUGGGAGCUGCACUUUCUUAGCUGAAUAGAGACUUAGCCUCCCACCUGCCCUUGGAACUUCCAGUGGGCUGAAGUCCUUGGAAAGGGACAUAGGACGUGGAGGGUCUCACCCUUCCUUGCUCCAGAGGCCACUGGGCCCCCCAGGGGAAAGGGCUCUGCUCCCGCCUCAGUGCCCGGAGCCGUCCUGCAGGGCCUGGGAAGCAGGGCGGGAGCUGACUGGAGGGGCUCCCUCCUGCCUUUUAUUUAAGCCAGUAUUCUCUGUUCCUGCUUGUAAUAAAACUUUUGUUUUUAAGAGUUGA